AUGCAAGGCGUAGCAAGUUUGGUUUUGAUGCCUCACAAAACUACUGGUACAAGAUGCUCUGUGAGUUCAGCUUCUACAGAAGUUGGCGCAAAAGAGAAGAGUCCUUCACUUUCUAACCCUUCAGAAACAAAGGCGAAAGAAGGUCAACAAACUAACACCUGCUCACAACAUCCAGGCAUUAAUCCACCGGAUGAUGGAAAGAACAGCUCUAGGCCUCCAGCUACCAACAUUAGAGAUCUGUUUCUAUCAUUUGACAAAGUUCCAAUAGUUCUCAGUAGCAGUCAUGCAUCAGCAGCACAAAAAUCCACAUGCCUGGUUCAGGAUGGAGAUCGCUACAUAUUUUUAGUGGAGGACAACAAGACUUCUAGAGCUAGCUCACUCUGUCAGGGAUCUGGCACUAGGAAUACAAAGCCCUCUGAUGAAGAGUCAGAGAAUCCAGAGCAGGAUGAAGAAGGAGAAGAUACUGAAUUUUCAGAUGGAGGAUCUGAGGCAUCACUUGAAGAUGUGCGUCAGCAUCAUGGAAUAAUCAAGACUCAGAAACAAGAUGAUCCAGAUUAUUUGACAUUGUUUGAAGCUCAUCAGAGGAGAUUAGAGGAUGGUGGCUCACAAGCACCAGGUCAGGGGUACUAACAGUAGCAUUGUAAUGUAUUGCUAUGUGGGGUAGGGUAAGGUGAGGAAUGGUUCACAAGCACCA